AUGGCAACAGUGACUCAAUACACCCAGGUCGAAUUACUGACCCUCCAGGGACCAGAGUUUCGCCGAGUGUCUACUGCGCCGCCUCGACUACCUACCGAAGAUGAGAUCCCGAUCAUUGAUCUGAGCACCAUCGAUAACGGCUUGGAAGCGAGAAAAGCUAUCGCAUCGCAAGUUAAAGCUGCGGCUGAGAAUACAGGGUUCUUUUAUAUCAAGAACCAUGGUAUUUCGGAAGAGUUAUUGGAUCGUGCUCUCUCCACAGCACAGGCCUUCUUCAGUCAAACGAUUGAGCAGAAAGAGUUGGUCUCGAAUAAGAAGUCCAAGCAUGCAGAUGGCUUUCACGGGGUUGGAAGUACACAGGUCAAUAAAACAGAGACACGAGAUCGCAAGGAAACCUUUUCACUGCGCUAUAAUCCCAUAAACGACCCAACAAUGUCCAAUCCAGAACCCCUUCUCUCUAAUCCAAGCUAUUCCUAUGGAAACGAUGAGUUCCUAUGGGAGGGAACUUCCCAUAUCCCGGGAUUCCGAGAAACGACCAUCGAAUUCUGGCAGAAACGCCUAACUCUCGCCCGCAAAAUGAUUCGCAUUUUCGCAUUGGCCCUCAACAUGCCCGAGGACUACUUCGACUCCGUAACCACCAACCCAGGUGCCGACGGACUGUACGUCCACUACCCCGGUUCUCCAGAGACAAUUUCCCCCGACGCCGAGACAGACGUCGGCAUCGGCUCGCAUACUGAUAUCCAGUGUGUCACGUUGCUGUGGCAGGAUAUGUCUGGCGGGUUACAAGUUCUCUCUGCGAGCGAUGAGUGGUUGGACGCGCGACCUAUACCUGGGACAUUGGUGGUGAAUAUUGGGGACUUUUUGCAGCGGCUUUCGAAUAAUCGAUUCAAGUCGACGGUGCAUCGGGUUUAUAAUCGACAGACUACGUCUCGGUAUUCGAUGCCGUUUUUCUUGGGAUUCAAUCCUGAUUCGGUGUGUCAGGUUGUGCCGUCGUGCAUUGAUGAGGAUCAUCCUGCUCUGUAUGAGCCUAUUUCUUGUGGGAAGGCAUGUCUCUUCCCCUUCUUCAUGUGUGACUUGAACUAA